AUGGCCUCUCAGAUGAUGGCUGGCGGUGGUUUCGCGAUGGACCCUGAAGGCGAUGUCAACAUGGACGCUGGCACGUCGGUCCCGCAACCGAUCUACGAGUUCGUGCGGCCUCCGGAGCUGGCGGACUGGGAGCAUGCGGCGCUUGUCGUGUGGUACCGAGAAUGGAAUCACUACGUCACCAAGAUUCGCCAUCGUUGCAGUGUGACUGGCGAAGUGUUCACCCACGUAGUCGCUACGGUGAAGGGCUCCAUUCGACCUCGGGUGUUGGACACGAUCGCCACAUUCCUGUUGAAGCGCCCACUGGAGACCAUUAGCGAUGAUGACCUCCUACGGUUGAUCAGGGUGAAAACCCAGUCCCUGACCAACGCGUACGUCCCGGACGUGAAGUCACUGUUCAGACAAUCAUUGCGCAUGGACCUGCGAGUCGAAGACUGUGAUGCCCGCAUUUUCCGCUACGACCGCAUGAAGGCCAGAGGCCGACUUCUAAUUGAAAACCUCCAGCCGGUCGUCUUACGGGAGCAGAUCGAGCGCCUCGUAGAGCUGGAGAGGCGUGAGUGCAAGGUGGACGAUGUUGCGCUCUUCGAACUGGUGCUGGAACAUGCUAAGGUCCAGCAGAGAUUUCACCGGCUGGUGCAGGAGAGCACACCUGCGCGUGGUGCAACCCAAGAACCGACCACCCCCCAAGCGGCGGCCACGAGUGCAAAACCAGAAACAAAACCGCCGCGCGCGUCCAAGCCGCCGACGGAGGGAUGUCUGUUCUGUCAUGGACCUCACUGGCUUCGAGAGUGUCCGACGGUGACAGUAGAGCAGCGUCGUGAGGCGUUAGAACGGUUUCGAGACUCCAAAGAACGGCGUGCCGACGUGGUGCGCUCAAAGGUGGUCAAGGCGCGUCCGACUGCGCGCUCGGUUCAGAUCAAUGGCAUGCUGGAAGUGGCGUACAUCCCUGACACUGGUGCCGACCGAAGCGUGAUACCCAGCUGCGUAGUGGAUUCACUUCGUUCGCUACAACCUGACCUCAACUGUGAGCAGCUCCACACUCCCGUGGAGGUGGUGGUGGCGGAUGGCCGCCCACUUACGUGUGGAUCAAUGGUAACCGUCGACCUAGACCUGCAGACGGCGGCGGGUGUUAUGCAUCUUCGUGAUGUCCCGUGUGUGGUGAUGGAGAGCGAUGAGGAAGAACGGCUCGUAGGCCGUGACAUCCUAAGCACUCUCGGUAUUGACAUUGAUGAUAUGCUCGCCCAAUUGGCCGUCGACGGGAUGCCAGCCGAGGUGGACGAUGGAGUUGCAGUAGGUGAUGACUCGAUGGACCCACCGGUGUUUGCUGACAUCAGGCCGGAGCUGGAGCGGCUUGUUAGCGAUGCUGUAGCGAAAGGACUGGAUGCCGAACACGCGCCCAUGCUCCUGGUGCUGUUGUUGGAGUUUCCGGACGUAUGGCAGGACAGCCUGGGAGGAGGCCCCCCAGCGGACAGCGAGUUCCUGCGGGAGCAUGUGUCGAAGCUGGUCGCAAGCGGUCUGGUGCGCAAGAACAGCGGAGCACGCUGGGCGAGUGCCGUCGUCCCAGUGCGUAAGGCGGGAUCUCUCGACGAGUUUCGAAUGACUAUUGAUUACCGCAAUGUGAACUCGCUGACCAUUCCGAUUGCCGGGACGAUGACGAACAUUGCUGCGCUGAUGAACAAGGUCAACGGCGCAAUUGUGUUUGUGUGGUGA